UGGUCGUUGUUGUGGUGUAAAUCCGCGUGGCAAAUCGAGCAGUAUUGGUUUUAGUUUAUGGUGCAUCGAUGACUUCAACGACAGGACCGCGGGGGUCCGAGGCGGAGCCACGUGAAGCUGAAGGCAACUGCAUGACGAAGGCGCAGAAGCAGUCAAGAAGAAGCAUUUUCGGCACCGGCAAAUUCCUGGUUAUCAACAAGAGUAUAAACGCACAGAGCUGCACUGAUAGUGGAAAAUCG